AUGACGUCAUCGCUAUUCCCGACAACCAAUCAUCUUUGCCAAUUUCAUCUAACCUUUUUCCACGCCAUUUUACUCCAUUUUCACUCAUCGUUUCGCAUAUCUAUCUAUCUAUCUAUCUAUCUAUCUAUCUAUCUAUCUAUCUAUCUAUCUCUAAUAUUUGUUUUGUCUUUUUCUUCUUUUCUAUCAGUUUUUUCGUUCUUGUAUUUUCCCUUUUUCUCUUCUUCUACAUUCUUUCUUCUUUCCUUUUACCUCACUUCUAAUUCUUUCCUACUUUUCAUCCUUCUUUCUCUUCUCCUUAUCAUCUUUCAGUUGGAUUCAGAUGCCAUCUUAGCCAUUGUUUUUCUCUCCUUUUUUUUUCUAUCAUUUUUUCGUUUUUCUUUUUCUUUCCGUUAUUAUUUGUUUCUCUAUUUUUCUUUCUUCAUCCAAAUUUCAUUUUCUUCCUUUUUUUUUCUAUUCUCCAUUCGUUCCUUUUCUACGAGAAUUGUUUUCUUCAGUGAUAUUUUCUUUCUUUUCUUUUCCUAUUUUCUUUCUAUUCUUUUCUUCUUUUCUUCCAUUUCUUUUCCUAUUUUCUUUGUCUUUUUUCCUAUUUUCUUUGUCUUUUUUCCUAUUUUCUUCCUCUUCUUUUCCUAUUUUCUUCCUUUUCUUUUCUUAUUUUUUUCUCUUCUUUUCUUAUUUUCUUCCUCUUCUUUUCCUAUUUUCUUUCUUUUCUUUUCUUAUUUUCUUUGUCUUUUUUCCUAUCUUCUUCCUCUACUUUUCUUAUUUUCUUUCUCUUCUUUUCUUCCUCUUCUUUUCCUAUUUUCAUUCUCUUCUUUUCUUAUUUUCUUCCUCUUCUUUUCCUUGGCGCUAUUUCCAUAUUUUUAUAGACUCUAUUUUAGAGGCCUUCUUCUUAACAUAUCAAGAGGAAGUGCAAAAACAGAAAAGAAAACAGAAAAUGAACGAGUGGCAAAUGAUAGAACCCGUCAAUGGCUCUAUACCCUACAGAGUCUGGAAUUCAGUUCUAAAAUCUUUUUAAAAAAAGAGCUGUUAUGUCCUUAUAUAAUGGGAGAGUCCUUCCACUCUCGCUGUCCAUCUAUCUAUCUAUCUAUCUAUCUAUCUAUCUAUCUAUGUAGAACUUUUCUAACCAAUUGCAACCCUUCAUACACAGAUUGUUACCACGUUCCUCUUCUAUUCUGUCUCCAUUUUUAUCCCCCCCCCUUCUCUCUUCUUUCAAUCUUUUCAAAGUCGUUCUCCUGCUCUUUUAGUUUCUUUCUUUCUUUCUUUCUUUCUUUCUUUCUUUCGUUUCUUUUCCCUCCCUUUCUCUGGCUUUCUUCCUACCAUCAGCCUAUGCAUAUCUAUUCUAUACCCAAUAUUGAUCUCUUUCUCUCUCUCUCUCUCUCUCUCUCUCUUUUUUUCUCUCUGUCUCUGAAAUGCUUCUUUUCUCACCAAUCCAAACUUACCCAACCAAUUGCCACUUACCGAUUGACGCGUGUCUCUCAUCCAAAACCAGCUACGCCCUAUUGA